UACCCUAAUACCCAACCUCCAUCACCACCACCAACCAUCACCAUGCAGUUCUUCCAGAUCGUUCUCUCGGGCGCUGCCCUCAUCUCUGCCGCCUUCGCCGUCGAGUUCAACGACGUCCCCAGCUCCUUCGAGCCCGGCAAGACCUACACCAUCACCUACUCCCCCAAGGACAACACCCCGACCACCAUCAAGCUCCGCCAGGGUGACCCCAACAACUUGGCUACUCUCUCCACCAUCACCACCUCUGCCACCGGUGGAACUUUCUCCUACACCGUUCCCCGUGACCUCCCCAACAGCCCCAGCUAUGCUCUUGAGAUCUCCCAGGCCGGCUCCGACCCCAACUACACCGGCUUGAUCCCCCUCACCGGCUCCACCUACUCGGCCAUCUCGAGCCUCAGCUCCGCUCUCUCCAGCGCCACCUCCAAGCUCUCCUCCGCUUCCAGCGCCGCCAGCUCUGCCAGCGCCUCCGUGACCGCCUCCACCACCAUGGCCACCACCACCUCGGUCGGAACCGCCUCGGGCGCUCCCUCCAGCUCCGCCGGCUCCAACAGCACCAUCGCCUCCAGCUCCAGGGUUCCCUCUGCUACCUCGGGUUCUCCUUCCAGCCCUACUGAUGGCAGCGCUCCUCCCCAGCAGUCCGGCAACUCUGCCGCUUUCCUUGCUUCCAGCCCCAUUGCCGUCAUCCUCGGCGCUGUCGCCGCCAUGGCCUACCUAUAA